GGGGGCAGAGAGGGACAGCGGCGGGACGGCCACUGCGAGAACCAGAAAACAGAGUUUUAGCCCCGGGGGUGAAGCCCUGGGGGCACGCGCGACCUUGCCCCCUCCUCCCCGGGUGAGCAGGGGGCGAUCCGGGCCCCGGGGCCACCCCCGGUAGAUGCCACACGGGGCCAGCACAGCCCCGUGCAGCCCAUGGAGAGAAACCCGACACUGCCAGACACUCCCUUGGAAUAGCCAGGGGCCGAGCAGGAACCAGGAAAUACAAGCUCUCCCUGUCCAGAGAACGCUCCAGCUCCAUGGGGGAAGGAGCGACAUGGGCAACCUGUGCAGCUGCGGGCGCCCGGGGAAGUGUCCUUCCCCUUUCAAAAGAAAGAAGGAAAAGCAAGGAACUAAUGUGAGGCAUGAGAGUGGACAGCAGCAGCCUGGCAGGCAGGUUCCGACGUACGAAGAUGUCCCUGAUGUCCCUGUCUACGCCACGGUGAGCAAAGCCCAGGGGGUGCAGCAGGAUGAGAGCAUCCACUAUGCAGACAUCCAGGUGUUCUCCAAGGCCCGGGAGCGCUCGGCGGCCGAGGUGAAGAACCUGCAGCUGCAGAAUGCCACGGAAUAUGCCACCCUCAACUUCCCCAGGGCCAGGCUCAAGUACGACAGCAAGAAUGGCACCCUGGUCUGAGAGACUUGGUGGCCUCCUCCUCCUCCUCCUUCAGCAGCAAAAGGAGUUCUCAGACUUAGAGAUGCUGCAGAUCCAAGGGAGCCUCGUGGACACAGCGAGACUCUGGGGGGAAGGGUCUCCCACCACAGACAUUCUCACAGCAUGGGUAGUUCCCCAUCUGAUUCUGCUGAUGAAAAAACCCCUCUUCCCCUUGGAAGGGUUGCCCCUGACUCUGGAAACCCACCUCCUGUCAGCACUGGGAGGUGGCAGAGCUGCCCCUCAGCUGGUGAAGGCUCAGAGCUGCAGGGAGGACGUCCCUGCUGUGGCACAGCUGGAUCUGGGAACGUGGCACACGGAACUCAGGACUGGGACGAGGGAGGUCCCGACACAGGGCUUUGUGUCAGUGUUAAGAAAAUUCUGAACGUGCAGGACUGACACGUGGCUGAUGCU